AUGGACGAGGCAAGUGAAACAGUGGCUGAGAAAGCAGCAUUCCAAGUCAUUGUCUUGGGCCCGACUGGUGGACCCCGCGAAGAUAGCGUCACGGGUAUUCUUGUCCGGUCAACAUCAACAAAAUGGUCUUCAGACUCGGUGAUAGCCGUUGAUGCAGGUACCCUUCUUGCAGGCAUUAUCCGAUUGCUGGAACGAUACAUCCCCGAAUGCAAGGAUGAUCGGGGGAUAAUGACAAGUGGGCCCUUUCAGGGGCUUGAGCUGCCCUGCAAAACCGCACAGGCAAAUGCAGCCCAUGUAUUUCGCGAAAUUAUCGGUGCUGUUCUCAUUACACACCCCCAUCUAGAUCAUAUCUCAGGACUGGCCAUUAACACCCCGAUUUUGGAGGCGGGUAAUGGACCAAAGCCUGUGGCUGCUUUACCAUCUGUGCUAUCCGCCCUCAAAAACCACAUGUUCAACGAUGUCAUCUGGCCUAACCUGUCGGACGAGGAUGGCGGGGCUGGUCUGCUUACGUACCAGCGCUUGGUGGAAGGUGGGAAUCCUCGUUUCGGUCGUGGAGAUAGUAGAGGCUAUGUCAGGGCCUGCAAUGGCCUAUUGACUAAAUGCUUGAGCGUUAGCCAUGGCCGGUGCAAGCAGCGAUACCAUCCAGAAAGCGGAACGCAUCAUCGCGUCGGGAGUACCAUCUUUUCUGAUCAUCAAUUGAUGCUUCCUUCAAGGGCGAUUUCAGUCGACUGUACUGAUGGCAGCUUCUAUUCUCCCGCUCGCUCCCCACGUCUAUUCCCAUCCAACCCCAAAGAGCCAAUGAUGUCAACAGUCGAGAGCUCUGCCUUUUUCUUGCGCGAUCAUCACACCGGCCACGAGAUCAUCGUGUUCGGUGACGUCGAGCCGGAUUCGGUUUCCAUGGGAACUCACAACAAACGAGUAUGGGAAGCCGCCGCACCGAAAAUUGCUACUGGCAACCUACGAGCGAUCUUCAUCGAAUGUUCCUACAAUGACAGCACCGACGACUCAUAUUUGUACGGCCACAUGUGUCCGCGGCAUCUAGUGUCCGAGCUCAGCGUGUUAGCCAGCAAAGUCAUAGAAGUGCGGGAUCCGAACAACACGGGGGAGAAGAAACGCAAACGUGAAACCGUAGGCUUCGUUGAGAUCAGCAGCGAGCAAGUGAGCCCUCGGUCGAAACGAACUCCAAGAUCCUCUGCCGAUAAAGGCAGGACGUCCGAGCCGCUGAUUGAACCUCGAUCACAUCCGAGCGAGUCAUUCGAGAUUCCUCAGAUACCCCGAGUGGACAUUGAAGAUGUUCUGGCAGAGCCGGACCUUGAGAAUUGGGAUGAUACUGCGGCCCUUCCUCUGGAAGGAUUAAAGGUUUACAUUAUUCACAUCAAGGAGAACCUUACUGAUGGGCCUCAUCCUAGCGAUCGGAUCCUGAGGGAGCUCCAGGAUCAUGGUGAAGCAGCCCAUCUAGGUUGUGAAUUCUUUAUCCCAAAUCCUCUUGAGGGAAUAUGGAUUUGA